AGUGCUUCCUACCUCCUACCCUGCCUGGCUUCUCUCCAUCCUGGGAAGAUGUUCCUAGUGGGCCUGACAGGAGGCAUUGCCUCAGGCAAGAGCUCCGUCAUCCAGGUGUUCCAACAGCUGGGCUGUGCUGUGAUCGAUGUAGACGUCAUUGCCCGGCACGUGGUCCAGCCAGGGUACCCUGCCCACCGGCGCAUUGUAGAGGCCUUUGGCACUGAAGUCUUGCUGGAGAAUGGUGACAUCGACCGCAAGGUCCUUGGAGACCUGAUCUUUAACCAGCCCGACCGCAGACAGCUCCUCAACUCUAUCACCCACCCUGAGAUCCGCAAGGAAAUGAUGAAAGAGACCUUCAAGUACUUCCUUCGAGGAUAUCGCUAUGUCAUUCUGGACAUCCCCCUUCUGUUUGAGACCAAGAAGCUGCUCAAGUACAUGAAGCACACCGUGGUGGUGUACUGUGACCGUGAUACCCAGCUGGCGAGGCUGAUGAAGCGGAACAGUCUGAACCGUGAGGACGCAGAGGCAAGGAUCAAUGCCCAGCUGCCGCUGAAGGACAAGGCCCGCAUGGCCAACCACGUCCUAGACAACUCAGGCGAGUGGAGCCUCACCAGACGCCAGGUCAUCCUCCUGCACGCCAAGCUGGACCGCUCCAUGGAGUACCUGCCGCUGAGGCUUGGGUUCCUAACGGGCCUCGCGGGCAUUGCCAGCCUCCUCUACCUGCUCACCCGUUACCUUCUCCCUUCCCCGUAGCUGGGCACACCAAGGCAGCAAGUCUUGGGCCUCCUCUUCCUUGGAGGCCUAAGUCAGGUUCCAUGGCCUCCACACUACACUCACUCUGCCUCUGGGACUGGCCCCUGUGCUGGGCCGGCCCUGGAAUGUGUCCAGUCUGGGACUCAGAGAGCAAAAAGAAGCCCCCUGUCAGUAGGUACCCCUUCCCGCCCUCCCUAGAGCCCCACCCUCCCCUAGUGUCACCGGCAGAACAGUAUCCAUGACUGCAGGAAAACAGCAGUUAGCAGUCUCCAUGGCUCUCCCCACAGUUAAAGCUAUGUGGCCAACAGUUUCCUGGGCCUGAACCUUCUUGGAGCAUCUGCCCCAACACGGCCACAACCUCCAUAGUGGACCACAGCAAACCCUUCUAGGCUGAAG